GGACAACAUCUUUAGAUGAAUCCAUGUUAACUGGAGAAUCCAUUCCUGUGACUAAAUACGAAGGUGUAGAAAGAAUGAAAAAACGAGAUAUUGAUUUAGGACUUGUACAAGUUGGUGAUAUUCUGAAAGUCAAUCCUGGUGCUCGAAUCCCAUCUGAUGGAAAAAUAUAUCGAGGGACAACAUCUUUAGAUGAAUCCAUGUUAACUGGAGAAUCCAUUCCUGUGACUAAAUACGAAGGUGACGAAGUUAUCACUGCAACAGUAAAUUUAUCAUCAAUGAUUUGGAUUAAAACUACUCGUGUAGGUUCAAACACAACACUUUCUCGAAUAAUUGAUCUAGUAAAACAAGCUCAAUCAAGCAAGAAAGCUCCGAUUGAAGCUCUGGCUGAUAAAAUCGCACAAAUAUUCGUUCCCGCAGUAAUUGUGCUAGCUAUCAUUGAUUUUAUUGUCUGGAUUUCAUUAGGUGCUGCGGGUAAAAUUCCAAUUGAUUGGUUGCCAGAAAAUGAAAAUUAUGUAAUUUUUUCUCUCUUUUUUGCUAUAAGUGUUUUAGUUAUAGCUUGUCCUUGUGCUAUGGGUCUUGCUUCACCAGCUGCUAUCAUGGUUGGUACUGGAAUAGCUGCUCGGUAUGGUGUUUUGAUUAAAGGAGGUGGUGAAGCGAUAGAGAUGGCAUUCCGAUUAAAUAUUAUUGCAUUUGAUAAGACUGGUACUUUAACUUAUGGAAAACCACAUGUUGUAGACACCAGAAUUUUAUAUGAAAAACCAACUUCGGAAAUAAAUAAUGAAGAAUAUAACUCCUAUCGUGAAUUACUUUGGCAAAUUAUUGGUCAUGUGGAAUCUUCUAGUGAUCACCCCAUGGCAAAAGCAGUAACUCAAUAUGUAAACGAAAAUAUAUCGAAAAAAGAAAACAAUAUAAUUAUGAAAUCAGUCACCGAGGUUCCAGGAAAAGGUCUCAAAGCUACCAUAACGAUUCAUGAUUCCAUAUCACAAAAUUUACUUCCUAUCAAGGCAAACAACGAUAAUUUAUCUUACAAUGUCUUUAUAGGCAAUGAAAGAUGGUUAAAAGAAAACGGAUGUAUAUAUCCCUUUCAUGUAACACAACACGCAGAAAACGCACUUCAGGAAUGGCAAAGUUUGGGAUAUUCUAUAGUCCUUGUUGGCCUUUCGAUAAAAUUCAAUAAUGAUAAACAAAGAGAAUCGGGAUACAUAUUAGCACAAUUGGGAAUUUCCGAUAUCCCAAGACCAGAUGCUUCAAAAACUGUAGCAACAUUAAAAUCACUUGGUAUAGAAGUUUGGAUGAUAACUGGAGAUCAUCCAAUCACAGCAAAAGUUAUUGGUCAAAAACUUGGGAUUGAAAAUAUUUUUGCGGAAGUUACUCCAGAAAUGAAAACGGAAAAAAUUAAAUGGUUACAACGAAAAGGAUACAUUGAUAAUUCAAAUCGUCAUAAUUUUUUGAAAUUAUUAACUCGAAAUCGUAAUACACAAAGACCAAUAGUAGCUAUGUUAGGAGAUGGUAUAAAUGAUUCGCCAGCAUUAGCGCAAGCAGAUUUACCAAUUUCAAUUGCAAGCGCAACCGAUGUUGCGAUAGAAACAGCAUCAAUCAUUCUAACUAGAUCGACACUUUCAUCUUUGAUUACAUUAAUUAAUUUAGCAAAAGCGAUAAUAUGGAGAAUUAGAUUAAAUUUUAUAUGGGCUUAUAUUUAUAAUACUUUGUCUAUACCAAUAGCAGCUG